AUGAGCGGUGUCGAAGUUUUACUACCUUUGGAGAUUAUUGAUAAGACAAUUAACCAGAAUGUCUGGAUCAUAUUACAGUCAAAUAGAGAAUUUACUGGAACUUUGAUAGGGUUCGAUGAUUUCGUCAAUGUUAUUAUUGAGGAUGCAGUUGAAUACAUUACUAGGAAUAACGAUGACGACGAUAUAGUGAUGAAACACCAUGGAAGAAUGCUGUUGAGUGGUAACAAUAUCGCAAUGCUGGUUCCAGGUGGUAAAAGAUAG